CGCACGGGGAGGAGACGGAGGGUGGACAGAGUCUCCAGCUGUAGCAGGUCCACCGGCUGCAGUCAGACAUGUAGGAGGAGGAGGAGGUGCUCUGCUCGGCGCUCCAUGUCCGUCUCAGUCCUCUAAGCACCUCCCAUCCCCCCUGAACGCUCGCUCCCUGGCUCUGCGGCUGCUGAGGGGCUGGCUGGAAUGACCCGAGAGAGCGGGAGACACGAGGAGAUGCGCUAGAUGGGGCUGCCGGCCGGACGGACUCUGUGAUCCCUGAUCCCUCCUCUUCUCCAGACAGACAACAGAGCGGUGAUCUGCUCCACAGAUGCAUGCCCAUGUAGGAGGGCAUAGCUGCAUGGACCGAGGGUCUUCAGCAAGCACAGCUUGAGAGCAGGACCACCACAGAGAGAGACCAGGUGAAUGAUUGCUAAAAAGAGACCAGCCUUUGCAGUGCAACCCCGUCCCAUGCUGCUCCCUCCUCUCAGGGGAUGGCCAAGGUCCAGGAUGGACACACGAACGCAUGUGACAGCACUGCAAUGUUAGAGGAGAGCCAGGAUGGUAUGGACAGUGGUACCCUAAGUCCUGCCUCAGCUCGACAGGUCACCAUCCAGCGCCACCCGACUCAAGGCUUUGGCUUCAUUGCAGGCAGCCAGAGGCCCGUUAUCGUACGCUCCGUCUCCACUGACGGCCCAUCCUUUGGCAAGCUUCUCCCUGGAGACCAGAUCUUGGCCAUUAACGAGGAGACGGUGAGCGACGCGCCCCGAGAGAGAGUCAUAGACCUUGUAAGACGCUGCAAAGACACUAUAGUUCUCACUGUGCUGCAGCCCCAUCAGUCACCUAAAUCUGCCUUCAUAAGUGCAGCCAAAAAGGCCCGCCUGCGAACUAACCCGCCUAAAGUGCGCUUUUCAGAGCAAGUGUCCAUCAGCGACCCAGACUCAACAAUGCUCAAGGACGACUCCUUGCUACUCAUACCAAAUGUGUUGAAGGUGUUCUUGGAGAAUGGACAGAUUAAGUCCUUCACGUUUGACAGCCGUACCACUGUUAGGGAUGUGAUCUCCUCCCUGCAGGACCGCCUCUCACUGCGCUACAUUGAACACUUUGCCCUGGUGCUGGAGGCAGGCGGCCUGGACCAGAAUCAGAAGUUGCAUUUUUUACAGGACAACCAGCCACUGACACAUGUGGUGCACAGAACCUAUUUCCAAGGGAUGAAGUGUCUGUUCCGCAUCUGCUUCUUCCCCAAGGACCCUGCAGACCUGCUAAGAAGGGACCCUGCUGCAUUUGAGUACCUCUAUAUACAGAGUCGCAAUGAUGUUAUUAAGGAGCGUUUUAGCAUGGACUGGAAAUCGGACAUCACGUUGCGACUGGCCGCGCUCCAUAUCUAUAUCACUGUGUCCUCUGCAAGGCCAAAUCAGAAGAUCUCUCUGAAGCAUGUUGAGAAAGAGUGGGGACUGGAGCCUUUCCUUCCACUCACUCUACUACCAACAGUGAAGGAGAAGAAUGUGUGCAAAACGCUAUCUCAGCUGCUGAAGACUUACCAGCAUCCACCACCAUCAGGCAACAAGGUCCCUCCACUCCAAGGAAAGCUGCAGUACAUGCGUGUUCUCAAUGACCUCCCGCCUUUUGGUGGAAUUUUGUUCCACACUGUUGGACUGGAGGAGAAACAGUCCGCUACAGCACUACUAGUGGGCCCUCGUCAUGGCAUUAGCCAUGUGAUUGACCUGAAAAACAACCUCACAACAGUCCUGGCUGAGUUCAGCAGAGUUUCCAAGAUCCAGCUCUACCGAGAGAGCCAGGGAGUGGCACGUGUGGAGAUGUCCAUUCAUGAGGCCAAGCCUCUGGUCCUGCUCAUGGAAUGGCCUGAUGCCAGUAACUUUGCGUGCCUCAUCUCUGGCUACUACAAGCUGUUUGUUGACCCCAAACGGACCAUUUACUUUCGAACUCCUGGUCAGUCUCAGUUGACCAAGGCAGAUUACAGAAGCUCCCAUCAUGCCCAUCCACGUUCUGGGGCUACCAGCCUGCCAAGUGGAGGGCGGCGAGGGGAGGAGAGAGAAAGCUCGCACAGGGAGUCGGGGUCUUCAAGAGCUGUGGUUCCCGCAGAACCUCAGCAUCUAGGCCUAUGUCAUGUCCACCUACGAGAACAACAGCAUUUUCAAGAUUUCCAAACACAUGCUGAAGCUGAACUUGACAUCAACGAGAACUUUAUUUCUCAGGACCCGCCUGGACGGCCCCGCACCAAGUCAGACCCAACACAGCAGAGCACAGAGGAAAUAGCUGGAGUCCUAGAGAGUCCACCAGUAGAGAAUACGGGAUUUAGAAUCCGAGCUCAAACAAUUGGUCAGUCCCAAAAAGCUACACGAUUCUUUUGUGACUCCUGCAAAGCUAGGCUUAGGGCAGAGGGUCUGUCAUCGGUGGCAAACUCUAGCGGGAGCUCGGGGAAACAUUGUUCCAGUGCUUGUGCCUCCCGAGACGGGGGUGCUGUGGACCUCAUGGCCCUACCACCUCCUGGGAACGAAGAAGAAGACGAGGAAAUAGAAGGUGGGGGAGAGAAGCUGCAGCCACCACCACCUGCUAUUGCCGCCCCGCCGCCUGGGUUUAGGGACAACAGCUCUGAUGAAGAUGACUCAAAAAGAGGAAGAAAGGCUCGAACGAGUGCCAACGCUGGGCUCCCUACUGGAAAACUGGCUCAAGCCAAGGAAGACGUGCCUGUGACACUGAUUGACAAUGUAUCCACACGGACAGUCCGGGAUCACGCCCAGGAGCUUGAUGACGCUUUGGUGUCCACCUUACAGGCACUUGAGGCUUUGGCUGCCUCUGAGGACUACCCCCAUCACCCCCAACAGCCAACGCAGACUGCAGGCCUGAUCGUCUUGGCUGCCAUUACACCUGAGUCAUCGCUUGACUCGGGGCACGAGACCAAUUCUUCUGAAUUGACAGAUGUUUCUGAGAUGGUAUCCGCCAUGAAGCAGAACCAGAACCAGGCCUACCUGCUGGCUCACCACAUCAACAAAGAACGAAUCCUCUGUCGCCGAGACUUUCCCCUGGCCAUCCCGGGUUGCACUGCUAAGACCAUAGGGACUGGAGCCUUUUCCGUGGGUCAAAUUCGAGCUGGCUGUCCGCCCAAGCAAGUAAUUCUCAGCAAGACUGUUCCCUUUAAAGUCAACCCCAGCCAAGAUUCAGCAAUACUCAGUGUUGUGACAGAGCAAGGGGGAAGUCAAGGCGCAGCUCAGGCUGAUCAGAAAACCGAAAUAAAAGGAAACACUGAGUCCACCAAAGCAAAGACUCCUGACACACCCUCCAAGACGCUUGAAGGAUUUCAAGUGUCUGAUCCUUUAGUGACAGCUCAAGCUAGUAAAGAUCAGAAGUUAUCAAAUUCCUCUGGGGAGGCAGUGAACCAGAUUCUAUUUGAUGGUUUAAAGGGAAAAACAACAGCACCUCUUAAACCAGACACAACAAGCAAAGCCUUACCUGUUCUCUCACCCGUGGACAGAACUGCCUCUACCAAGACAUCCCCCUCUAAUAUGUGCCAUGAUGCCGAGACUGCCUCUAGAGAGACCAUGAAGCCUUCAAGCUCUACAGAACUAUUACCGGUUGAUGAUCUUUUCUGCACGUGUCCAGUGCAACAGGAGCCUGCACCUCAACUCCGACUAAAAGACCCACAGGUUCAAAAGAUAGUGGUGUUUCAAUCCUCCUCUCCCACAGAUGAUGAGCGGCUGAGGGCAAAAGGCCUUCAGCUGGCUAACAGCAAAGAAAACGCCGUCAGAAUAGGAACGGAUUCUAAUUUAGUGAAACCCAGUCCACAAUUACAAACCAAGUACUCUCCUCAUUUACCUGUGAAAGCUGAGAGAAAAGAAGCAGCUGAAGCCAAGACUGACAGCGUUCAAGGCAAAUCUCUCUCUGAGCCACAGAAAUGUGUGAAAGCAUUGCCCAUUUUAGAUGAUCCAACAACCCCUAGCCACCCUAUAGAUAAGGUUUCUACUCUCCCAGCCAGAGAGUCAAAGAAGCAAGGCAGUGUCAAGGGCAAGUCCCAGCGCAGUGCUCCUUUCUUGAGUUUUAGAAACCUUCUUUCAGCUACAUUUCCAGCAAGGAUGAGAAGAGAAACAGAUGAGCGAAGAGCUCAAUUGCAGAAAGUCCGCCAGUAUGAGUUAGAAUUUCUAGAAGAACUGCUGAAACCCAAGUCAUCACAGGGAGAAUUUUUGCCCCAAGGAUCCUCGCCUGUGCCCUCAGGCACUCCUUGUGCCUGUCAGCUCCGUACCAGUCCUGUACUAAAAGCCCCAGGGAUCUCCAGAGAGCAGCGACGCAGCUGUGACUGUAAAAGAAUGUGCAGGGGAAUGCGACUACCUGACACUCCAGUCGGUUCAGCAACGGAGACACAAAACAGAGGCAGAGAGAGAACUAUCUCAAAGACUCCUCCAGCAGUCACCAAAACCCCUCACACCCAAGGCGCCACGCGGAGACCCCAGACAUUAGAGAUCAAGACCACACGAAUACGAUCUACCAGCCUUGAGUCGAGAGAGCCCAGGGGAGAGCAUGGCUCCUGCCUGCCCACUUGCACAUCUUCUCAAACAGAUUGCAUGGGAGCUCCACAAUAUAAAAAGCUCCAGCGGCGAUACAGUAUCGGUGAACUGGAUAACAGCACUAGCACACCUGUGUAUGCUGAGGUAAAGCCCAAGGCCAAAAGCCUAGAGAAGGAGAUGGAGAGAGUGAGGGCCACCGGAUUGAGGCUCCCCACCCCAGUAGAGCCAGUUCAUACUCAGUCUCACCAGGCUGAAGGAAAGGGGAAGAAGGGAGUCUUUUUCAUUCAGGGAGAGGAACUACUGCGAGAAAGCAAAGAAGGGACAGGGGAGGUGUUGUUAACCCUGCCGAGUGAAGACAGUGAUGACAAGGAUAAAUGCUGCUCGUUCUGUUUCUGCUACAGGAAAUGCGAGGCUGCAGAUGAAAGCAGUGAGAAAGAUGAACUUUCAUACUCCAUACCACUUCAGGUCCUUCCAGGCAUGGAGCUGGACUCUCGUACCUUUCCAGUAGUGAGCAAAACCCUCCAGGUUCUCAAUGCAGAGGAUUGCAGUGGGGAGGAAGAGGAGGAGGAAGAGGAAGAGCCACAAACCCAGGAGAUUGACCUAAGAGCCUGUGGCACACUGGAAGGAAGUCUAGCACGGGUGCAGGCUCUACAAGGGAAAACUUUCAGCUUGCCUGAUGGUUUCCUCAACGCACAGCUGGAUGCUAAUGAGUUGCUAGCUAUCCUACGUCAGUGUGCUAACAGCCCACAAGCUGAGGGCGAGGCCCGUCUUCAGCCUUCACGGAUUGCAGAGUACAAGCAGGAGCUGGCAGUGCGCUUUAAAGAGUUCAGAGCAUCGUGUCGGAGAGUGGCAAGUGUUGAAAAAAGCCCUACACGCAUGCUCGCGGUUGUGUCGGCGAGCUUUCAAGUAUUGUGUGAACUGACCCAGACCUUCAUCAAACUGGUCCGAGGGGUGCGGUCAGAAACCCAAAGGUUGCAACUGCUGAGAAAAGUGGAGGAAGUGGCGAUUAACUACACUUUGCUUUUGCGCGCAGCAGAAGAGUCAAUGGGGCACUCAAGCAGCUUGCCGACAAAGACAGUGAGUCCUCAAGUUCCCUCCAACACCAACAACAUGAGUUCACUCACUCGACCCAUCAAAACUUUGCCUGCCCAGUGAAAAUACAUCGGGCAGGAAUGUAAUCACAACUGUUUGAAAGGUGGAUGACCACUCUAUCUAAAUUCAUUAUUUAUUUAUUGUUUACAAUUUUUACAAAAUGUGCAAUGACUCAUCCUCAGUAAAAAUUGCAAUGCAACUGUUCCAUCCCAUGUUUACAGGCCCUGAGGUAGCCUUGUGGAUCUUGUAUGGAAAUAUAAAGAUACACCAAACUAUUGCACAAUGGAAUAAGAACCCUAUAACAGACUGGGUGACACAGGGCUAAUCACCUCAUAUCAAUACUCACAAAAUACAUAAAUCAUGAGAGUAUAAUAUUUUAUAUGUAAUGUAUAUUUGAGUUGUGUCUACUUAGCAAAUAAUAUAAAGUUUUGUGGAGAAAAAAAAGGUGAAGAAUAUAUUUGAAAUGUAUUGAUAAAUUAUAAUACAUCGGAAAAAUAUAUGUAUGCUUUGGA